AUGCCCGAGUCACCCGUUCGCGGGAACAUUGAUCAGUCGACUGUGCUCAAUCGCAGCUCGUCGGCCGGCUUGGAGUCCGCUCCAUCGCCCUCAAAUCGGUCCGUGGUCACCGGACUCGAACGCAUCCACGAAAGUGAAUAUGUUCCUACUCGAACUCGUCGACAGAGUUCGGAGUCAUUGGAGUCAUGGCAUAGCGCUCAGUCUGCGCCGCGCGAUAAGCUCCCCCAGCCGCUCGUGCAAGCCCCCAGGCUUGAGCCUGAUGUUCGCAUAGAAGACCAGCCUCAGCGGACUGUCGUCCCAGGCCCCAUUCCUACGAAGGACAAAGUUGCGUCCGAAGUUUCGACCAACCGUCCCGAGCCCACGAGGCUGGUGCAGCUCGACUCAAAGGAGGAAGACCCGUUCGCCCGGAGUUACGCCCUGCUUGCGGAGCUCAGAGCAAAGCGGGCUGCACAAUCAGCCGCAGCAGAAGAGCAAUACAGAGUAGCGGCUGCCAACGCACUUGCGAAAAUUCAAAGUCGACGUUCUUCGUCCCAGGGCAAUGUCGUCCAACAGACUUUGGCGGCUCAGACACCCGCCAGUGGUGGAGAAAAGCGUUCGGUUUCGAAAGCGAAACCUCUUCCUGAGGAUUUUGCUCGACAACUUGCUGCUCUAUCGAAGACGUACAUCCACGACCCGUUCGUAAGGUAUGAUGAAGAUGCAGAAGCAUCCCACGAAGAUGGUCCAGCGCCUUGCUUUAUCCCUCGUCCACAACCAAGCGGCGAGAGCUACAGCGCUGCGGCACAAAAGACUGCUGCUGCUGUGGAGCUGUCGAAUAAUACCAAGCAGCAGUUACCAGAAUGUACUCCUGACAAUCCGGAUGUUUGGCCAUUCGAUUUCUACGAGUUCGGCUCACAGAAGGAGGGCCAUUCGCGGCAGAAACGCUUUGGCAACCAUAGGUGUGCGUGUGGCGGCUUCCAUCCAGAAGGGGACUGCUUCGUGUGUAGGCAAAUGCUCGAAGUCUGGCGCCGCAAAGGCAGCGGUACGGGUAAAUGCACGAAAUGCGGCAGAAAAGACCAUGUGGUAGCUGAUUGCGGGUACGGCGAAUAUCGAGACCAUCCCUCGAAUCCACCGCUCCCGUCCGCACUGCAAAGAUACGCACGACCGUGGCCGUCCCAGCACCCCAGGCAGCCAUUGCCUGCGUAUUAUUACGAGCCACGGAAUCGCCGCCCCCCGUCCGGGAACCCUCCUCUCAGUGACCGGUUCAAGGAUGGCCUCACCUGUGGUCUCCUGGACAACAACUUCAACCUCACCUGGUCUCUGGAGAACGCUUACAGGAUGGCGUCAGGAGCGAAGGGGAGACUGCCCUUCGAUGCCAAGAAGCACGGGGAUCCACGGCGACCUUUGAAGAAGGCGCCCACUGAGGCUGGAGAAAAGUCCUCCAAGUCUGACGACGGCCAAAAGCAGGUGAAGAAGCCUCAGACUGUCGACGGCCAGGGCUUCACCCUCGUCAAUCGAGGUUCGAAAUCCGCUGACGCCGGAUUCGGAGGCUUGAACAAUGUCUCUGUCGGCCUCCCUUCACCUGGGUACCGCAAUGACUCGUUGCAGUGGUUCCGGCCCGAGUUCGAGGAGGCAACGCGCAAAUGCUUGGAGCCGUCUCACGCGCGCUACCUUGGCACACUCAAAGGAAAGUUCGCCAAUGACAAGGCGUUGCUGGCUUCCGCUGCCCAGAAUCAAGCCAUUCGAGCCAGUGUCCGUCAGGUUCUGGCGACUGCUUGGGAAGUGUACAAAAUGUACAUCCCCUUCUGGACACCCUCCAAAGACUGGACUCUUCCGUCUUGCUUGGACGCGUGGAUUCGUUCCGAAAAGACGCGCCUCAUCGACGAAGCCUGCGAGACGACUCGCGAGAGAAUGGUUGAUGUCGAGAACUUUGGUUGGAAAGACUUCAGCUGGGACAACAAAGUCCAAUGGUCUGACAUUGAAGUGGGGGAUGAAUACACCGCUACAGAGUCAAGAAAUCCUCAGCUUGAGCCCCUCUCAGACGAGAUUGCAGGUCUCCAAAUGCAGGAUUGGGCCGACCACACCGUCCUGCAGCUCCAUGCAGACGUGCAACUCGAGCACGGACGUUAUAGCUCAGAGAAGAAGGCAGAUGUCGUCAAAGCGCUGGAGCUCUUCAAGCGUCCACUUGAAGUCACCAAAUAUCGCCCCGCAGACGUGCGAAAGAUCUGCGACGACUAUGAGCGAACAUGGGAUGAGCACUCCCGGUCGCUCUGGGCCAGAGCGUGUUCCAUCAAAGAUGGAAGCAUCAAUGCGACCCUGGUCAGCUGGGAGCAUCAGCGAGGCCUUAUUUUCAAGUCCUUUGACGACGCCGAGAAGAAGUACGCGCAGACCCGUGCGUGUGCCUUUCCCAAAGGAGAAAAGGGAAUUGGGCACGUCCUUGAAGCCGUGGCCGGCAAGGACUCGGAAGUCGUGGAGACGCUUCUCGGUGCGCAUCUGCCCGCGCGUGAUGUGAGAGGUUGUCUCAUUCCUCGCCUGGCCUACUCGCGCAAGUUUGCCAUUCGUUGUCGCGAGCUUCGGAUGCGUCUAGCGAUGGAACAAGAGCAGCGGCAAGGAGUUGAUACGCCUGUCGUCAACUUCACCAGCGAGCAACUCGAGGACAUGGGAGAGACCAAACAGUACAAGGAUCAGUGGCAAACCGCCAGCGUCGUGGUAAUACCGAGAUGA